UUCUUUCAACCUGCGCGCGCUCCGGAUAUUCUUGUCUAACUACUAACGUCUCCGCCUAUCAAGCCCUGGCUCGACGCUCGAACUGGUCACGUCGUACACCCGCUCGACCGUUUAUGUACGACUUCAUGAGGCAUCUGCACGAACUACUCCUUGUACUCGGCCGUGUGGUGUAUGGCUUGGAGGCGGAUGCGAUUGAUCUUUUUAUUCGCUAAGCCCUGCAUGGCGUCUCGCAGCUGUAGCGGAUUGUCUGUUGGCUCCGCAGCCUUCAACGUCUUGUACUCCACUAGAGAACGUAUAACUCGCGGGUUCCGGCAGCCCUACAGCCGACACACGGUGGGAAGUGGGACCGUCAAUUCAGGUCGAACAGACGGAUACACCGUAAGAGGUACAGGCACCCCGAUGCGUGAUACGAUUCCGUCGUUGGCAGCCGAAUCGUCGCCAUGCAUCGCGUCGGUCAACAUGCCCAGACCCUUCGGUGCGGCCAGAUCAUCCUUGCUCCGGUAUCCGACAUUCGCUUUGCAAAUGGUCAAAAGCCGCUAUCUUAUACAUGACAAGAAACCCGGACUUCUCACCUUCCUGGACCACGAAGACGAAUUGCGCGUGAAGUACCCGGCAUCCUCCACGAACCGAAGCCGCCAGCUCGCGAUCAGGUGUUGGGUCGCACUCAAAGCCACGAUACCGCCGACGAGGGACCGAUUCCCUCGACGUUGACUUCAAGCCGUCCACGCUAACAUAGCAGCGGAUCGUGUGGAGAGAC